CAAAAGAGCAAAAUAAUCAGCUAAAGUAAUAAGCAAAGCAGAAACAAAAAAAAUCGACUUUGGAUUUCUAUGGUUCCAGAGUGUGACUGAUGGUCAUCAUCGUCGUCGUCGUUGCAAGUGUCAAAAGGGAAAAUUCCUACUGGCAGCAAGAUUUUUGAUUUCGUUGAACGGGCGCUCGGGAGUGCGACACAUUGAAUUCAGCUUCGACAGUGCAUGUGUUUUGUUUUUCGUCGUGCGAUAUCCGAAUCGGGAAGCGGUGAUCCGAGGUUCACGAUUUGAACUGUCUGUUGUGGAGGAAAGUUACUGAAAAGUGAUAAGUUUGGGUUUUUGUUUCACAAACUGGACGUCGGUCGGGAGUGUUUUUGUUUUGCGACGUCGGUCGACUAUCGUCUUGGUCUUAUCAAGUGCUGUUUGCGAUAUUCCGUUUCAGAAUAAAUCAUUCGAUUGCACAUAUCGUGUUUAUCAGUGCUGUGUGUGCAUAUCAUUGGUUCACCUGUGCGAAAAUUUGCUCUACCGUUCGUCAGUCGGCAGCAGUCACAAACAUUGAGCUGGAGAAGGAAAUCGAUCGCAGACAGUGUGGUAACCGCUGCUAGGAACAGAAAAAGAAAAGCAAUCACAAGGUGACAAAUUAAAUUGUGACUCUCGCCGUCGUCGUUCAGGUGCUAGAGGAUACCGCUGGAAAUUGUGACUGUUGCUACCUUGUCCAGUACCAUCGACGCUGUUCUGUUUUAGGUUUUGAGGGCUCAGCAUGGCAGAGCCAGAGGUGGCAACUGCACCGCAGGAACCUGCCGGGCCUGCCGGACCGGAUCCGGCUCCGAAUCGGAACAACGAUGCCAGAGGCGGUGGUCAAGGUGCUGCUCCACCUCCGCAACAACCGCAGCCACAGCCACGAGCUAGGAAUAAUGCGCAGAACCCUCUAAUUAAUGUUCGGGAUCGGUUGUUUCAUGCUUUGUUUUUCAAAACUGCUAUCGCUUACGCUCAGUCAGUACCGAAACCUGUUCGUCGCGCCAUUGAACUCAUACUGCUGCUGAAGGCAUUAACGGCAUUUUUCAUAUUGGUAUACAUUCACGUACGUUUCUCCCAGACUCCAACAACCUGUUUGGAGCACGUCAAAAACGAUUGGCCUCGAGAUGGUAUCUUACGCGUUGAAAUCCUCCGCCAUAAUCCGACCGUUCCCCCGGCGGUUGAGUUGAAAAAUAAAAACAGCGACCUGGACGAAACCGGCGAAGUUGGCAUGCUACGAAAUACGCACAAGAACGGCAUGAUCAGCAUCGACCCGUCGACGACGUUACCGCACGAGCAGGAGCAAAAUCAAAAUCCAGAGUUGCUCCUGGUGCAGAGUUAUGCUAACAGCAGCCCAUGGUCGGCUCAGCAGCACCAGCAGUCGCAGGAGCAAAUGACGUCGGAAGUGUUUCAGUCGUCGAAAACGGAAAUCGUCGCCCGGCCGGAUGAUAGCGCCGUGCAGAAGGUUGAAGUGAACAUGCCGAUCGAGAGUACGCAGUUUCUGGGUGAACAAACUCGAAUGGAUGUGCACGAGCAGAAGCUUCCAGAUGAAGCCCUGCUGCAUAAGGAUUACGGUGAUAACGUUGUUAUCUAUACUAACGAGACAAUUAUGAAGAACUUGGAAAAGAUGGAGGAAGAUCGUUUACCCAAGAGUGAGUUAAGGACUGAUGUACCGGAGAUGGAAAAGUUGAAAAAUGCCCUUUGGAGCGAAGAGCAGUAUAUUGUGGAGUACUCGCUUGAGUAUGGCUUUCUUCGACUGUCGGCGGCAACCCGACAGCGGCUCAAUAUUCCGGUGCACGUGGUUACUUUGAAUCCGCAGGAGAAUAAGUGCUUCGGUGAUUCAUUAAGCCGAUUUAUUCUAAAAGAGUUUCUUGGCUACGAUGACAUUCUGAUGGCAUCGGUUAAGGUCCUAGCUGAACAGGAGGACAACAAAGGCUACCUGCGCAAUGUGAUCACCGGGGAACACUAUCGGUUCGUUUCGAUGUGGUGGAUGGCCCGUGGCUCCUAUUUUGCGCCCUUUUUCAUCAUGAUCUUGUUUACCAUUUCGAUUUCUAUGUUGCUGAGGUACUCACACCAUCAGAUUUUCGUGUUCAUCGUGGAAUUGCUCCAGAUGUUGGAAUUCAACAUUCCGGUCCGUUUCCCAGCGGCGCCACUGUUGACCGUCAUACUGGCGCUAGUCGGUAUGGAAGCUAUUAUGUCGGAGUUCUUCAACGAUACCACAACCGCCUUCUACAUCAUUCUGGUGGUUUGGUUCGCCGAUCAAUAUGACGCCGUGUGCUGCCACACGUCUGUCACGAAACGUCACUGGUUAAGAUUCUUUUACCUGUAUCACUUCUCGUUUUACGCCUAUCACUAUCGAUUCAACGGACAGUACAGCAGUCUAUCGCUGUUUACAUCGUGGCUAUUCAUUCAGCACUCGAUGGUCUAUUUCUUUCAUCAUUACGAACUACCAGUCAUAAUACAGCAGGCCCAACUGCAACAGAUCCUACUACAAACACGUGACGGCCAAGUACCUCCUGUAAACUUAGCCCAACCGACAAGACCUCAACAGCAACAACAAGCUCAACGCGCUCGUAACGGUAAUCCACAACAGCAGCAGCAGCAACAACAACAACCGCAGCAACAACAGCAGCAAGCGCAUCACCGGGCGGCGACAGUUCUGGAUGGGUUCAUCAACGCUAUGCGCUUCCAGCGACGGCCCAACGACAAUAACAACAACAAUCGAAACAUUCUGAUCAGUAUUCCCCGCUACUACGGACUGUUGGCGAUGAAUGGGAACAACAACGACAACAACAAUGCAGCUCCUGCUUUCGGUGAGGGAGGAGUUAAUGCGACGGUGCGCAAUAUUGCGCACAGCUUAGUGCAAAGUCUCCGGGCCAACGUGGCCGCCGGUAUGGAGCUGUUGGGCAACAUGAACAUCAACAAUAAUAACAUUUUCUCCAACAACAUUUUCGCAAACAAUAUUUUCGCCAACAACAUUUUCGCCAACAACAUUUUCGCCCAAAGACCUUGGUUUGGGUUUGGCAUUCCAGUGCAGUUCCGUCGGAAUGCGAACGGUCCUGCGAUCGGAAUACGAAUAAUCGGUCGAAUGCAGUUCGGCACGGGACAGAAUACCAACACGGUGGCAUCUGGAGCGGAUGUUGGGAAUGCAGCUGGCAGAACAGGAGCUGCCUCGAUGGCGGCCGAAAACAUUGCAACGGACUCUGCGGUAGAUCCGCGAACUAACUAUCAGCGUAACUAUGAAGCGAAUAACUUCAUAUUCCCGGAAGCAGUACUUACAAAUCAUCAGCAGCAACAGCAGCAGACGUCUGAGCCACGGUUAGAGAUAACAACGACUGCGACUGCCGUUGUCGAAGCUGACGAUACGGAGAAAAUAUACAGCAUUGAAGCUCUGGCCCAGGAUAGCAGCGACAUCAGCAGGUCUGAGCGGAGUUUUGCUCACGCUUCGGGAUCCAGUACUAGCAACGUUCCGGAGCCAGAGCAGCGCAGUAGUAUGAAUAGUAUAGCGGAACCGUCCGGUACGGUCAUCGCCGAUCGGGGUACUAGUAGACCCCCGACGGAAGCAUCUUCAGAUUUCAACGGUGGAGAAUCUUAAGCGAUUUUUAUUCUGGUAUUUUUUUUAGUCGCGAGUCAAUGUGUCUACACCCCGCUUAUUUAUCCUGCGAACUUAUUUUAUUGAACAGAAGCUUAGCAGUUUGUCACGAAACUGACGAGAUUGUGCUUUAGGGUAGAAAGCGUGCAAACGUGUACCGAAGUGUGUGAAGUAGGGACGAAGCGUAUUUCUCUGUAUAUAGGCUGAAGACGGUGAAAAUAAUUUUGGCAGUUGUGAAAUUUUAAGUUGAUCGCCGGCGAUUUCGUUUGAACCGUAGAGACCAAGAAGCAGUUCAAAUUAAAUUAAUAAUGAUUAUUAAAGUCAGUAUCGUUGGUUCACUUGUUUUUUGAAAAUGAA